UCAGCCGGGUUGUUUGUAAACAAAUAUUAAGGUUAGAAAAUUUUAUUAACGCACGUUUUAUUGUUGAUCCAAAUAUACAUUUUCCGCGAAGUAUUUAUAAAUGUCCAUUGUGAGUCUUCAUAGUUUUCAUACAAAAUACUUUGCUGACUCGGUAGAAUGGUGUUUGCAUCCAGAACAUGGACAAAUAUUUGCUUGUGGCACUUAUCAAUUGGAUGACAGCACUUCCGAAGUGGUCAGAAGAAAAGGAUCAAUUUUGAUCUUCAGUUUCAGCCUCAAUGGAACUGAUUCUGACCUACAGCUACUCCACGAGACAGAAACCGAUGGGAUUUUGGAUCAAAAGUGGUUGAAGAAUUUAGACAUCCCUCUUCUAGCCACAGCAACAUCUUCCGGAAACAUUGAAUUGUUUUCCUGGCAAGAUAGCCAAUUGGGAUGUAUCACUUCUCACAGAAUAGACGCAGAAGUUCAGGAUAACAUUGCCCUGUCCCUAGACUGGAACUCGCAGAAUAAACAGAUCCUUGUCAGUGAUUCAAAGGGAUACAUUUCCCUCCUCGAUUUGGCCAAUAAUUCCACAAUAAAUCUGAUCAAUCGAUGGAAAGCCCACUCUUUUGAAGCCUGGACGUGUUCAUUUUAUAAGAAUAAGCCUGACAUUGUUCUAACUGGAGGAGAUGAUUCUUUUUGUCGGAUAUACGAUCUGAGAGAUACAACGAAGGAACAGAUAACUAUAAAAUCGCAUGAAGCUGGAGUGACUUCCUUCCUCACAUUCGAGAAGUAUCCCGACAUUUUCUGCACUGGGAGCUAUGAUGAUCAUCUAAGAGUGUUUGACAUGAGAUCACCAAAAAAUCCUCUCACUCGCAUUAAUCUAAGUGGCGGAAUUUGGCGCCUAAAGUCUAAUCCACACGAAGAAGAAUUGAUUCUGUGUGCUUGCAUGUAUCAGAAUUUUACAAUUUGUAGAUUUUCUUACGACGAAGCAAGUCCUGAACUCAAAAUCGAAGCAACUUUCAACGGAGAUCACAAGAGUAUUUGCUACGGAGCUGAUUGGAAUCCUGACAAAAGUCCAAAUGGACAAUAUAUCUUUGGAUGUUGCUCCUUCUAUGACAAUCUUCUCACUGUAAAUUCAUACCACAAAUGAUUUUAAUGUUAAACUUUUUAUUGGGAUAUUUGAUUAUAUUCAAAUGUUUCUCUUUUUUUUUAAUUGGUAGAAAGAUGUUUUUUUUUUCUUGAGAAUAAAGAGCAUAAAUUUGUGUGAUCCUA